UUCGACAUGGCGAGAACACUACAGAUAUUCCUACCUCUCAUCUAUCUCGUGUUAAAGACACAGGGAGACUACCUUGAUAAUAUCCCCGGAUUAAGGCGCUUAGCUGAGCCUGAAGUAGAUCAAAGAAAUGAGGACUUCCACAGUGCCUUCAAGGACUGGUUCCAUCAUUUCGACUCAUUUCCUACCAGUGUCCAUGAAAGAAGGCCGUAUUUAAGUUUUAACCCAUACUAUAACAGAGACCCAUACUAUUCAAGUGGGCUGUGGGAUGAAAUACCUCAAAUCAACAAUGUGUUUAACAUUCCAAGUGGCCAUAACUCUCACUUACAUCAAGGACACAAAGAAAAUAAACCGGAACAAAAACCAAAACCUGAUCAUGUCGAUGACGUUCUAAAUGUGCAAGAACCAACGGAGAAGCCUGCUGAAAUACCAAAAAUCAACAAGCCGGUAGAUCAAGAACCAACAAGUAAAAUAGAAGAAGCAAUUAAACCUGACAUUAAAAAUCAAUCUGAUAUUAUACCUCCCAAAACCAACAAAAUCAAUGAAAAUGACGACAAAGGUGAUAAUGACAAAUCAGUGGAAUUAAAGGAAAAGAAAGAUUAUUUACUGGUUGGGCAAGGUAAUAACGGGAACGACGUAUAUCUAUUACAUGAAAACCCAGCACCAGCACCAGUAGUGUCAUCUAACAAUAACCAACCUGCUAACGUAAUCUAUGUUCCAAGUAGUCCUGGACCAUCUGUUAGCAAUCAAGCCUACCAAAUCCUAAACGGGCCAUCACCCUUGUCGAAUCUUCAACUCUCUCCAGAUAAAUUAGGAGUAAACAAUGAUGUCCCUAUCUCUGUAUCUCCUACAUCCAACGUAAGUCCGGCUUCCCAAUUAAAUAAUGUUGUCAGUGUUUACUCCAACGGACAGAUUAUACAAAUACCAGGCGUUGUAGUGGUACCGAACAACUCACCAGUAGAUGUUGGAAAUCAACCACAGGCACCAAAUUACGUAGUUGCUAAUGUCGCUCCUAAUAACAAUUUCCAGCCGGCCAACCAAAAUUCAGCUCCAAAUGUUUACUAUGCUGCUGUCCCGAACCAAGGAUCUAAUAAUCAGGUAUAUUAUCUCCAAGUACCCAAUCAAGGUGUGAAUAAUGCUGGAAACGUUAUAUUGAACAACGGUUUACCUGGGAAUGUAGUGGCUUACCAGAUUAGUCCAAAUGUAGUCACACAACCAGCUGUAUCAAAUGGUUACGUACAGUCGAACGUACCAAGUAAUCAAGGAAUUAUAUCUGUUGCCAUUCCAAACCAAGGAGUUGUGCUUGACAAUGCAAAUAACCAAUACCAAGUAGUUGUAGUGCCACAAGGCUCUCCUUCAAACUUGUACUAUCAACAAAACCAACCGAAUCAAGGACUAAAUCCGGUAGUGGUGCUAAACGGGCAAAGUAUACCUGUGCAGACAGUUCAAGUACCGGCUGAUAAUAACGCAAAUAGUUACAAUCAACCAAUACUAGCAAGUGAAAGACAAGAAGUCAGUCCAUUGAACCAAGGAUCAAUGAUAAACAAUCAAAAUGUUGGGAUACAGGGCGCAGUUUUAAUACCAAAUAAUGGCGGGUACUAUCAGCCUCCGAUAAUAAAUCAGGCACAAGUCCAAAAUGAGCCCAGUCAAGCAACUGAAGCACCACCAAAUGCAGUUAAUUAUAUCCAGCCAGCAGUGUUAUAUGACGCGAAUCAAAAUGCACCGUUACAACCCAUAGCUUCAGUGAACGAUGCUCAGGUUCCAAUCCAAGAAAAUCAAGCGUCGAAUACUAUUCCAGAUGUUUCACCCGUAAACACAGCUGAUGUAGUCGCGCCACCUGAGGAGAACGCACCACUAGCAAUAGCAACAGCUCCACUAAUCUUAGAUGGAGAUAAAUUAGAAUCUUUGGGUGUGCAACCAGCGGUCAUGCUAACAGGCUUUAAAGAUAGUGAAGACGGCAAAAAAGAUAAAAAAGCUAAAGAUGACAAGAAAGAUAAGAAAGUAAAGAAGGAAAGAAAGGAAAGGAAAGAAGGGAAGGAGAAGAGAGAAAAAAGUAAAAAGAAAAGUAAGAAAGACAAGGAUGAAAAGUCUGGGGAAGUAUUCACAAACUAGAAUCAACUCGUAGUUUAGUUGAAUGCCUUAAAGUUUAAGUGGACCAGGGGAACGC